AUGCCUUCUCUAGGUUUCCUCAAGAAAAAGAAGACGCGGGAUAGCAACCCCGACCCCUCUACAUCCAACCCCACCAGUCCUGUUGCUGCGACAUCUCCUUCCAAGACAUUCGAUUCCUCGACACAGCAGCAGCGAACCUCUGGCUCACAAGGAAAGACUGCCUCUGGGUCAGCUACAGCUUCAGGUCAAGGUCAAGGCUCAGCAUCUGCCGCUGCGCCUGCCUCUCAGCAGCAACAGAUGAAUCCUGUAAACGCUCAUGGCGGCACCUUCGUCUCGCCAAUGCCGCUGCAAACGAGCCAAGUCGACUCUCAGAACCUUCCUAGCAUCACCAAUCUUAUUCACCAGCCUCAGAAUGGUGCCUCUACAACAAACAAUUACUCCUCAGCCUUCAAUCCAGCUGCCCUAGGUGCUCAGAUCAGCCAUCCUCCAAGUGCUAGCCCCGGAACCGACCCUGCCCGUAUGCAACAACAACAGCAACAAGCUUACCCACAACCUGCAAUGCAGUCUCAGCAACAGCCUGGGCAGUUGCAAGAUCAACAGCAGCAGCAACAGCAGCCGCCGCAAUAUCAGCAACAGCCGGUACAGCAACAACAGCAACAUGAGCAGCGCAUCCACCACCAGCACCAAGGAAGCGUUACUCGCGUCACAAAGGGCAAGUAUUCGUUGGGCGACUUUGACAUACUGAGGACGCUCGGAACUGGUAGCUUCGGACGAGUCCAUCUGGUCCAAUCGAAGCACAACCAACGAUUCUACGCUAUCAAAGUGCUCAAGAAGGCACAAGUCGUCAAGAUGAAGCAAGUUGAGCACACCAAUGACGAACGACGAAUGCUGAGUGAUGUCAAACAUCCAUUUCUUAUUACCCUUUGGGGUACGUUUCAAGAUUGGAAGAAUUUGUACAUGGUCAUGGAUUUUGUUGAAGGUGGAGAGCUAUUCUCGCUGCUGAGGAAGUCUGGCCGUUUCCCUAACCCUGUUGCCAAAUUCUAUGCUGCCGAAGCAACACUGGCCCUUGAAUACCUACACUCGAAAAACAUUAUAUACCGAGAUUUAAAGCCCGAAAACUUGCUGCUGGAUCGGCACGGGCACCUCAAAAUCACUGAUUUUGGAUUUGCUAAACGAGUUCCGGACAAAACUUGGACUUUGUGCGGCACACCUGAUUAUCUCGCGCCAGAGGUAGUCUCUAACAAGGGCUACAACAAGAGUGUGGAUUGGUGGUCAUUGGGCAUUCUAAUCUACGAAAUGCUGUGUGGCUACACACCGUUUUGGGACAGCGGCUCACCAAUGCGCAUAUACGAAAAUAUUCUCAAGGGCAAAGUCAAGUACCCGGCGUACAUCAACGCGGACGCACAAAAUCUGCUGGAAAGAUUAAUCACGGCAGACCUCACCAAGAGAUUGGGAAAUUUGUACGGCGGCUCACAAGACGUAAAGAGCCACCCGUGGUUUGCCGAGGUGACGUGGGAUAGAUUGGCUCGCAAAGACAUCGAUGCUCCAUAUACACCACCAGUUAAGGCCGGUACCGGCGACGCCAGUCAGUUCGAUAGAUACCCAGAAGAUCCUGAGAAGUAUGGUGGCGCAGGGGGAACAGAUGAAUACGGAAGCAUGUUUACUGAUUUCUAA